AUGCAGAACUCCAUGAAGGUGAUGUUCAAGUGCUUGUGGAAGAACUGUGAAAAGGUCCUCAGCACCUCUUCAGGGAUCCAGCGACACAUCCGAACCGUCCACCUGGGGCGGAACUGCGACUCGGACUACAGCGACGGAGAGGAGGACUUCUACUACUCGGAGAUCGAGGUCAACAUGGACAGCCUAUCAGAGGGCUUAUCCAGCCUCACGCCCACCUCCCCCACCACCUCCGGCCCUCCCCCCAUUUUCCCACCUGUCUCCAUCACCGCCUGUCUCCCUCGCUCUGAGCCCUCCCACAUCGCCAUGAGGGGGACACAUGGCCACGCCCCCACCCUGCUCAGCCAAUCAGCUCCCUCCGCGCUCUGCCAUAUUCGCACUGACCACGCAUACCAGGCCACUGCUCCUGUGAGUAUUCCUGUGUGUUCGGAACAGGUUGGUGGGAAUGAUGGGAUUGGGAAUGGGGAUGGGAUCAGUGUGUCCUGGCAGUCAUCUCCUGUCAUUUUUAAAGGCUUACCGGGCCCUUUGACUCACACCCGCACGGUGAGCUUCGGGGAGAAGAGACAGCCUGCCCUUCACACACACACUACCAUCAGCAAGACACCCCCCUCUACAGGCCCCCUGCCCAAAUCAGCACCAGGAACCAGGAAACCCCGCGGAGAGGCAAAAAAGUGCCGGAAGGUGUACGGCAUGGAGAAGAGGGACAUGUGGUGCACAGCCUGCCGUUGGAAAAAAGCCUGUCAGCGAUUCAAUGAUUGAACCCCACUACAUCACUGGGAUGGACUCUUCCUCUGCCAGAGCUUCACUGAGGUGGAGUCUUCCACUGGGGAGAUGUGGGUGUUCUCCCUGAUGAAGCUGCUUAGAGCACGCACUGCUUCCUCCUGACCAGCAGGGGUCUCUCUGCUUGCUUCUCUUAAUCCUCAGACAGACAGCUAAACACACGAAACACAAAAACAAAUGGAUGAAAAAGGAAAAAAAUAUAUAAUAAUUGUGUAAAAGUAUAUGGCUUUGGAAGCAUAGGUAAUCCAAAAAAUGAUUAUUCAAAACGUGAUUCAGAAUGACAGUUUUGUUUUGUACUUUCUAAUUUUGCAUGCCUUCACUGUAGGGCAGUGGUUGAAGAUUUCAGAUAAGCUUUUUGGUAUUGUGUACUUUCAACAUGUUCUUUGCUGGUCCGAGUAUCAUGGAAGCUACUGUGUUUGAGUCUAUAAGAUCCUGAAACCACUCUCUUGUCAGCAUCUUUCAAUGUACCUCUGUUGACGUUUUAGAACUAAAACCAGAUUCACUUUGUGGCGUAUAUUUGAAUGGAUCGUUUUAACGGAGGUGCAUUGAAAGAUGCUGACAAGAGAUUUCAAUGGUCACGUUUCAAAUUUCWGCGGUCACUCUUUUGAAACGGACAGUAUGUCUACCAAAGGAAAACAGACACAGAAUCUCUCUAAAUUCACUCAGAAUUGAGAUGUCGCUUUUAUUAAGACGGAUGUUUGUUAUUCAUAUAACACAUCACAUGCUCUUAUGGGAAUUGAACUCAAAAAUUCCAAUCUCUUUGUUUGGGAAGUAAAUAAUGCAUAGUUACACACCAUAAGCUUCCUGCAUCUGUUGCUUAUUCCAUCUUCUGGCACCAAAUGUCACACUUUGAUCCUUCAGAUUGUUCAGCGUACAUGCACCGUUUAUAGUUUCUCUUCCUAGACCUCUACACGGAUAUGCAGCUUUCAGAAACAACACAUCUUUCAACAGACCACAUGUAAACUUUGUAAUCACACUGUUCACUCUCAUUUCUCACAUUUAACAGUUUAUUUUCAGUGAUUAGUUCCCAAGGCAACUACUGUAGUAGUUGCAAAGUGCAAUCACCAGGGUUUGGACAGUCUGGUCUUGCUUUGAUUAAUCACCUCUAUUGUUGAUUACAGUUAUCAAUAACAGCAUCAAACCCUCCUGUAGUAUUACUUGCUACUCAGUGUUCUAAAAUCCAUUUUCUGUGUACGUUCAUAGAAAUAUAAUGUCAUUCUAGUUCUCUGUGGGUACUAUACCUAGUCUUACUCAAACCUGACUCCCAGUUACUGCUCUUAACUGGUAUCUAAGGGUGUUGAAAUCUAAGUGUUUUUCUCAGAGGGAUUAUUUGUGUCCCAUGAAUUGUACCUGGAUUCCUGAUUCCACAAUUAUAUGGAUAUAUGGAUAUUUUUACACAGAUCAUUUUUUUUUACUUUAGCUACUUUAAUUUUAUUUUUGCCAGCUCUUUGAAUGUAGUUUCUGCUGCCUCUCUCUCUCUCUCUCUCUCUCUCUCUCUCUGCUCCCAACACACACUCUCUCUCUCUCUCUCUCUCUCUCUCUCUCUCUCUCUCUCUCUCUCUCUCCCAAUACUGACUACUAGCCAUGCCACAAGUUACAACAGCAGGACACACACAUGCAUGGUGCUACUUGUCCUCUUUCCUUAGGUUACCUUCAACCUAUUCUAUGACAAUGGCCACAAUCUAUGACUUUCCGUUCUUUGGCCAUGUGACAAAUUUGUUGUCAUAGUGACAUCUCCGUUCUCAGCUGAUGGCAGUCACAUAUUCUAAUUGAUGUGACAUUAGUAGAAGGCCAUUCUAAGACAGCUGGGAAUGACUGUCAUUUGUUGUUAUUUGGGGACAACAAACAAACAAUCAAACCCACUGGAUUAAUUUUAGCAUGCCCUGUCAGUCUUUUCCUUGAUAACCAUUACCAACAGAUAUGGUCCUGCUCAUUGGCUGGUAACCCUCUCCGUCAGACAUUAUGUCCAGUAGUGUUUGAGAGAAGCUGGUUCUUACAGUAAGUAGCUCACUGGUCAGACUGGAGAGUAGCCCAGUAUUUAAUGGUCAGAAACUUCACUAAGUGCCAUUGAAAAGAACAUUAUGAGGAAAAAGGAUUUACCUAAAUAAAUUGCACUAACUUGCACUGCACAAAGACUUGCUUUUAUACAUGGAUUUUAUACACACAGAUUUUGAAGUGAAAUGAAAUUUGAGGUUGUUUUAUUUUGGAUCGUCACUGCCUUGGUGUCAAAAUGGGGUUUCAGGGAUGGGGCUUCGACACCUCUUGGGUCCCCCCAUAAGAACUUUUUGAACUGGUAUGUUUAGUUCUGUCUGUGUGUUUGGUGUACUCAGCCCCAUGGUGCCAACAAUAUUGCCUGGAAUCGUUUGGUACUGCAUAGUACAGCGGUACUUUGUGCUUCAGGGUUUCCCCUAGACUUUUCUAUUGUGGUGGUGCACCAAGAAGACCCCUGAAGUCACAUCUCAGAUGGUCUGCCUUAACUUGGUAAUAUAUGGGGAAACACUGGUCCAGAGGUAGCCCUCAAUUAGUCGAUGGUUGCUUGUUAUCUUCUUAAGAACAGAUAAGUCAUGGUGUUUCAACACUAUGGGCUUUCCUUACGUAGCAUACUCAGACACCGCUUUCACAAACACUUUGUUUAGUCUUCCUUUGCCUAAAAGGCGCUUGCCUCUUUCACACUUUAUUGAGAUGAGCUAGUGUACAGAGAAUAGGUUUUCUUUCCGGACCUGACUCUUCUCCACCAAUCGAAACAUCAAUCUUGUGUUUGGUCCUACUGGCAGCAGAUUGGCCAUCCAUACGUUUGAGUACUUUUCAGAUCAAUCUACUUUGUCGUUCUCAAUCUCAUUCACACCCCUAUGCCUGCCACAAAACCCGCCUCUGGUAUUUAAUUGCACUAAAGUGGUUUUAUGGGUCAUUGGCCAGUGCUAAUGAAGGGGAACAGUCUUUAUCCACUUGCUACUACCUACAUUGACAAACUGGAUGAAUCUAAGGAAGUCUCACCCACAGUAAGUUGACCUGGUAUGGAAUAGGGUAGGGUCAGGUGGGUUUGAGUGAUAACUGCCAUCCCUAUGGCUGUUUUUAGGAGACCUGAGGUUUUGGAUGGUAGAGAGAGGGCUGAUUGGGUGUGUUUGGGGAACUGGGACUUUGUGAUAGGUGGAGAAAGAGUGGGACAAGCAGUGACGAUUAUUCGAGAAGGAUUUGUAGUUUCAGGGCUUUCCUGUACAUAUGCAACGUAAAGACAACCCUGAAACCUUUUUCAUAUAUUGUUGUUUGUCUGUUAAACAAAAAUGAAACUUUGUAAGGUAGAAUUGCUCAGAUUCUUGGUGUGCGUAUUUGAGAAGCUGUAGUGAAUAUAACAUACACAUAUAUUGCAGUUCAGGGGAAAAGUGGCGAAAAAACGUAGAUGAAUGUAAAACCUACAAAAAGAUGAGCUUGUUUUUUUCUUUCUUGUUGUAAUGCUGGCUAGUUUCUACUGCCGCUAGAACACUGUUAGUGCUCUGACAGAAUGACGGCACAAACAGCACAAACUGUCAUUCUGUUGACAAACUUUACAUCUGCACUGUUCUUCAAGUAAAUGUGU